AUGGCUGCUCCACAAUGGCCCGUGCUUCUGUUGGCUAUCCUUAACCUAGAUAUCUUUGCCCAUCCCUGUGACACUCAGGAGUUACGGUGUCAGUGUAUUCAGAUGAAGUCUGAGCCAAUUUCUCUCAAAUUCAUUAAAACUAUCCAAGUGAUUUUCAUGAAUAUUUACUGCAACAGAAUGGAAGUGAUAGCAACACUGAAAAAUGGGGAUUUAAUUUGUUUAAAUCCUUAUGCUGAAUGGGUAAAGACUCUUGUCCACAUCAUUACUGGCAGCUUCCUACCUGAGGACCACGAACACAUGAAACAUCCACAGGGAAUGAAGCUUCUGUACAGUGUGGAGUUUGAAAAGCCUCUAUAUCUUUCAUUUGUGCAACCUAAGGACUAG